CUCCAUCAAAUUGUGAUGAGAAGAAGUGCAGUGAUAUAUCAGAUAAGAGAAGAAUGCACAUAGCCUAAUUAAUUUCCAGCUGCUAGUGGAUCAUGUUCUACUUUAAUACUACUAAUUACUCAUAAUGUAUAAAUUCUAAAGUAAAUGGCAAGUUCUGUGUUUAGUAAGAAUUUAACUCAACUUGGAGAAUAUCAAGUAUCAAAAAUAAAUUCAAAUACUUAAUGUUACAACUUUUUUGAAAAUUGUACUACUUAAGGAGCUAGUUGUAUAACUAUUUCAACAAGUUCAUCAAGCAAGACUCAAUCAGUCUGCUUGGCUACCUCAACACAUAAAGAUGGAGUAGGUAGAUCCGCUUGGAAUGCAGUAACAAAUAAUGCAGAGAUAGAGUUUGCAGUCAUAAAAAUGGCUUAACUGUUUCUGAAUGUAACCCUUUCCUUUCUGGAUGUAAAACAAAUGGAUCAGGUUGUGUUGCUGAAACCUCAUGAACUGAAUUCACCAAUAAAUAAUUCUGUAAAAUCCAACGCUGGGCCAUGCCUUUGGGUUAAUGGAUAAUGUUAUCAUUAUGACAUAUGUAAAAGAUGAAGUGAAAAAGACACAUCUUAAAUUCUAAGCUUUUUACCAUUAUGAGCAACUAAGG